AUGAAUCUCUCCAAAGGGCCAAACCUAAUGAAAAAUUUGCACGAACUCCAAGAGAAAUUUUUUGCAAUUCUCAGCAUAUCGCUGGUAGCCAGCCAACUAGUUAACGCAGACGUUAGCCAUCUGUCCAACAACCAGUAUCUACCACCCAGUCAACAUGCACAUGUUUCAGCCGACACCGCUAUUGCGCCCUAUCAACCACCGGCUCAACAACAAGAAGAUCAACAGCAAUACCAACACCCGCCGAAGAGCUUCUUAUCCAACGGCGUUGAGAUUACCAGAUCAAUUCCCAUUGCUAGCUUUUCGCUAAGCAACACUGUGCCGGCUCAACAAACAAGCUACGCUCAAGCUCCCGUUUACGCUCCUGCGCAAUCACAUGCUCAAAGUGGGGCUGGCUCUUUCAACUAUCAAGCGCCACAAAGCAAUUAUCAGGCACCACAUAGUAACUAUCAGCCACAACCACAACAACAGUCAGGACUUCAACAAUCUGCUGGACAACAAAAUGAUGGUUCUUAUAACUACGGCUCGCCUGCACCAGCACCACUUCCAGCACCGGCUCCAGUACAGCAAUCUUACGCUGCCCCUGCACCGACACCAGCUCUUGCUCCAGCACCAGCCCAACAACAUGAUGGAUCUUACAACUACGGCUCACCUGCAGAAGCAUCAGCACCAGCGUCGAUACCAACUCCAGUACAGCAAUCUUAUACCGCCCCUGCUUCAGCUCCCGCCCCUCAACAAACAUAUGCCGCACCAGCUCCAAUAGAGCAAAACUAUGCUGCCCUUGCUCCAGCUCUUCAAUAUAGUUCCGGACAACAAAAUGAUGGAUCUUAUAACUACGGUUCUCCAGCACCAGCACCCGAACAACAAUCACAUGCAUCGCCAGCACCAGCUCCUGUGCAUCAAGCACAGUUGUCGGGCCCCUCAUAUUCUUCAGGCGGACAGCAAAAUGAUGGUUCUUACAGUUAUGGUGGCCCAACACCAGUAGCAACACCUAUUCAAAAUUAUGAGUCACCAGCUCACUCUGCAGCACCAAGCCCAUCUUAUUCUGGUGGAGAUCAACAAAGCUAUUCGGCACCACCCCAACAAUCUUAUUCAGCACCAGCGGCACCUUCGAACGAAUACAUUCCACCAGCUUCAGCCCCUGCCCCAGCUCCAGCAUCGUCUCCUUUACCUGCCCCUGCACCACAGUCAUUCUCUUCCCCAGCUCCAGCCCCUCAAGUAUCCAACGAAUACUUACCUCCAGCUCCACAGCUAGGUAGCUACAACCCCCCACCACAGCAAUCUUAUGCUGCACCUGUUCAGCAAUCUUACUCUGCACCUGCCCAGCAGAACAAGCCACCGGCCCCACAAGUUUCAAACGAAUACCUUCCACCUGCAUCAGUACCAGCCCCAGCACCAGCACCACAAACUUAUUCAGCUCCACAAGAGGAAGGUCCAAGAGAAACGGUGCAUGAACAUGGACACAAUCAAUCUGGUGGAGAUAAUUUAAGUCAAUCUGUGGUACAAACUUCCUCAGGUUAUCAGGGCGAAAGUGUUGCUGCAGUUCCAACUCCAAACCAGCAGUCUUACGAAUCUCCAGCUGCAGCCCCUGCUCCUGAGUAUUCACCACCCCAACAAUCUUACUCGGCUCCGCCUCAGCAAUCUUAUUCAGCUCCGGCUCAACAGUCUUACUCGGCUCCGGCUCAGCAGUCUUACUCGGCUCCAGCUCAACAAUCGUACUCGGCACCAGCUCAACAGUCUUACUCGGCUCCAGCUCAACAAUCGUACUCGGCUCCAGCUCAACAAUCGUACUCGGCGCCAGCUCAACAGUCAUACUCGCCUCCAGCUCAACCGUCCUACUCGGCUCCUGCCCCAUCUUACCAAGCACCAGCAGCUCCUUCUUAUUCUGCUCCCGCAAGCCCAUCUUACUCGACUCCCGCAGCCCCAUCUUACUCGGCUCCAGCAGCUCCAUCCUACUCGGCUCCUGCAGCCCCAUCUUACUCCGCACAGGCGGGUCCCUCGUACUCAGCUCCAGCAGCUCCUACCUACUCUGCUCCUGCUCCACAGUCUUACUCAGCACCAGCUCCGCAGUACCCUUCAGUUAACCAGGAAUACUUGCCACCAGCAACACAGAGCCAUUCAGCUCCAGCACCACCACCAGCUCCAGUCCUCAGUAACAGCCAUGCGGGUGGCGCUGUUUUGAGCCAAACCGUCGAGCAAACGUCCUCAGGCUACCAAUCAGGGAGUAAUUCUCAAAGCCAAGCGCCUCAAUACGAAACUGCCUCUGCUCCAGCAUUGGCUCCGCAUGCUGGUCCAAGCUUUCACGCCUCAUCGCAUGCAACGGCGCCGGAAGUCAGCAAUCAAGACUCUGGCACUGAAUACGCCAGCAAUGGCGGUUACGUUUACAGAAAAAAAUUCUUUGUUGCUAUUGCCUUCGCCGUUAUUGCCAGCGUUGCUGCUGAUGUCAGCCACCUGAGCAACACCUACCUGCCACCAUCGGCUGCUGCUAGCUCCGUCUCAUCCGAGUACCUGCCCCCAAGCUACUCGUCAGCUGCAUCUGCUCCCAGCGUGAUCUACGCUGCACCUACCAGCUCGGUCUCCUCCUACUCAGCACCUGCCCGUUCCGUCUCUUCAUACUCCUCGGCUCCAGUUGCUGCCGCUUCGUACUCAGCACCCACAUACUCAGCUCCAGCUGUAUCGUACUCGGCUCCAGCACGUUCCGUUUCUUACUCGGCUCCAGCUGCAUCUUACUCAGCUCCAGUUGCUGCUGCUUCGUACUCAGCCCCAACAUACUCAGCUCCAGCUGCAUCCUACUCGGCUCCAGCUCGUUCCGUUUCAUACUCAGCUCCAGCUGCAUCUUACUCAGCUCCAGUUGCUGCUGCUUCGUACUCAGCCCCAACAUACUCAGCUCCAGCUGCAUCCUACUCGGCUCCAGCUCGUUCCGUUUCCUACUCAGCUCCAGCUGCGUCUUACUCAGCUCCAGUUGCUGCUGCUUCGUACUCGGCCCCAACAUACUCAGCUCCAGCUGUAUCCUACUCGGCUCCAGCUCGUUCCGUUUCUUACUCAGCUCCAGUUGCGGCCGCUUCGUACUCAGCCCCAACAUACUCAGCUCCAGCUGCCUCUUACUCGGCUCCAGUUGCUGCCGCUUCACACUCAGCUCCCUCUUACUCUGGUGUUGACACCGCUUACGGUGCCAACGGUGGUUACAUCUACCGCAAACGUCGUUAG